AUGCGCGUCGGACGCAUCCUCGAGGGCACCCUCUCUGCGCUCGCGGCGCCUUGGGCUGUGCCAGCAUCCUCCGCCCAGCCUUCUGUCAUGCGCGUGAUUGACGCGGCCUCGGCGAGAGAGGUGAUCCUCGUCGGCACCAUGCAUUACAAUCCGCACUCCAUCGCAACGGUGGAGACAGCCAUUCGCGACGCCGCCGCGUCGGGCGGCCUGCAUGCGGCCGUAAUAGAGCUGUGCGACGCGCGCUGGAGCUCAGAUGUUGCUCGCAAGUGGAACCGCGAGCGCUCUCUGCGGCGCGUGCUGUCGGAGGACGAGUUCCAAGUAGCGUUCGAGGCGGCGCUCGACUGCGGUCUCGGCGACGUCGUCCUCGCCGACCAGCCCGUGGCAGAGAGCGGCCGUCGGCUCGCGGUGGCGGUCGCGCGCACGGUGGCCGACGCGCUUUCCCCGGCGGGCUGGCGAAGGAUCGGCGACGACGGACGACUAGCACUCUCGCAGCUUCCGGCCUUUGGCGCGGCGGCGCUCGACCGGCGCAUCCUCGCCGGCACGCCGCUGGCGGUGGCGCGUUACGCCUACUCGUCGCCAGCGGCUCUGCCGCUCGCCGGACUCUCCGCCGCCGCCCUCGCGCUCGCGGCGGCCGUCGACGAGGCGACGGGCGCGGUUGCGGGCGUCUCGGACGGCGCUGUGACGGCGCUCGCGGCGGUGGUGCUCGGGCGGGCGGGCUUCAUCGCUCUAAUCGACGAGCGCAACCAGGUGCUGGCGGGCAACAUACGCGAGGCGUGCUUGCAGCCGCCGCAGCAUCUGCGCGGCGGCGGCGAGGCUGAGGACGCCGCGGGUGCUGGCGCCGCGGUCGUGGCGGUGCUGGGCAUGGCGCACUUGGAGGGAGUCCGAGCGGCGCUGCUGGUUGAGCAGUAA